AUGCCUGCUUGCUUUUCCAAGUGCAGGACGGGGACUAACGGAUCGGGUAGAACAGCAGCAGCUUGGGUUUCUAUCCCGGUAUCUAGCCAACUAGCUCUAACGAAUCAGCAAGGCGGAGGAGGACAGGAGACGCAAGAUGAGGUUGAAGUCGUGAGACGCAGGACGCCGUCGUUGAGUCGUUGGUUCGUUGGUUGGAUCGAAGUCGGAGCUUGUCCAGAUCCCACAGAGCCUCCAGGCAAAAGCGGAGCCGCGCCGCCAAGCAGUUUGCGCACGAGCGGCAGUCAGGCGGCUGGCUUAUGUAAUUCCGCCUGCGUCCCGAGACGUCAGUUGCCGUUUCUGGAAGGAUGCCUUGCGGGGAGGAUUUGUUGGUCUGCUUUGUUCUUUGGUCAUGGAUGGUAA